GGUGCCUGUGCCUUUCCCUCUUGGACAGGCUGCCCUGGGGAGUGUGGAUAGUGCUUAGUGUCAGGCACCUGCUGGGACUGGGCUGCGGGAAGGAAGGUGGGGGGAACCACCUCGGGCUAGGGGGCUCUAGCAGGCCCCCUUGACCCACCUUUGCUGCUGGGGGUCGAGGGGCGGGGAAAGCUUCAGCCUUGUAGCCCCAGUUGUGCCUCAUCCUAGAAGGAGGAAGAGAAAUCGACAGCUGUAACCAUGGAUAUCUUUGGGGACCUGCGGCGAAUGAACAAACGCCAGCUCUACUAUCAAGUCUUAAAUUUUGCCAUGAUCGUGUCCUCGGCUCUCAUGAUCUGGAAAGGCCUCAUCGUUAUCACCGGAAGCGAGAGCCCCAUCGUCGUCGUCCUGAGCGGCAGCAUGGAACCUGCCUUUCACAGGGGAGACCUCUUAUUCUUGACAAACUUCCGAGACGACCCCAUCAGAGCCGGAGAAAUUGUCGUUUUUAAAGUGGAAGGCAGAGACAUCCCGAUUGUACACAGAGUAAUCAAGGUUCACGAAAAAGAAAACGGCAACAUCAAAUUUCUGACCAAGGGUGAUAACAACGAAGUCGAUGAUAGAGGUUUGUACAAAGAAGGCCAGAACUGGCUCGAAAAGAAGGACGUGGUAGGAAGAGCACGAGGGUUUUUGCCUUACGUUGGAAUGGUUACCAUAAUCAUGAACGACUACCCAAAAUUCAAGUAUGCUCUCCUGGCUGUAAUGGGUGCGUACGUACUGCUGAAAAGAGAAUCAUAAAAGAACGUGGAAUUGCUUUGCAGGACUCUGAACACAGAUCUACAAAGAUAUACUAAUAUAUUUGAAAUGUCUCAGUGUCUGUACAUAAUACCCCGUGGUGUGCAAAACGAUAUUGUCUUGUCCAAACGAAUUGUCUUGUCCGUGCCGCCGUCCUACCAGAAACCUUCUGGAGGUAAGUCCAGUCGGUUUCGUCAGGACGGGGCUGCAGUUUCCAUAGAUUACAGUGACGUUAAUAACGUUUCUUUAACAAUGUUGAUUCAGUUUCUUUGUGUUUUGGUCACACCAUUGCUGUUAACCCAGAACAAUGCAAAAUUGGGGGGGGGAGGGGAGAUGCGCAAUGCGAUCAUGUGGACUCCGUGGGAAGGGUUGAUUGAAAGGUGCUGCAGCUGAAACAUCCAGUAAGUGGAGCAGAUCUGCGGUGUAUGGGCAUUGACUAAAGGAGAGAUCUAAAAUACUUGUAGACAAAGAUGACCAAAGGGGACCUGUUAACUCAGUUGUUCUUCCCCUCUCUCCCUGGGUCCCACGCAAAUCAAAAUGAUCUCUGCUUUGGGGAGCCACUUGGCAGAACUACUCUUGUGAGUGAGUUCAUAACAAGCAUCCCGUCAUAUCUGAGAUUUUUUGUAAAUAAGCUUGCUAUGUGUACGUUGCAAGAGGAACCGUUCUUGCAAGAGCAGCGUUCUCGAAUCGUCCUUUCUCGAGCAGAACGAUGUGGAGUCUUGGCCCGCUUUCCAAGAUGAGAUCCUUGUGCUAUCUUAAAUGAAAAUGAAAUAUUUCCUUCAUUAGAAGCCGUGACCUGUUCACACAACUAAACCUGCUCAAAUGACCGGCCGAGCGCGGUGGAGUGCGCUUAUCCCCCCUACCCCACCCGGGGUAGUGUGUAUCAUGCCGUCAAAUUGUCAGGGAUGACUGCUGAUCAAAAUGAUCGUCCUAUGGAUCCAUCCAGAAUCGCUUCCCUGUUUCUGUGCCUGCUGCAUGUGAAUUAGUUAACGCAGGCGUCUGAUGCCAUACCAAUCCCUGGGCUCCGGAAAUGGUUCACCGACAUCGAUUGGGAAGUUGGAGCUGCUUUGACGGUUACGAUUUAUGCUGGCCAGGGUUCCUCUCGGGAGUAAAAUGCCGUUCUUUUAACAGCCCAUUCACAAAGCCAGAAAUAGGUGUCCAGAGUCAUUGGUGGAUUCUCUGGCAAGGACGCACACACGUCACAAGCAAGAACAUGUAUAUCAGUCUCCCCGGGUGUCGUAUUUCAUUCUGAGGAGUGACCCUGGGGAGCAAUCCUGCUCAAUAAGAAUCCUGGUAUACGAAGUUGACCCCAAGACAAGUGGGAAUGGGUUGCUAGAAGACAUGGUUGGAUGGGCAAAAACGUAAAGGCUGUUUUGGGAAGAAGAGGCGCUCCAGACCUUGUCCUCAACCCCCCCCCCCCUUUGGCACGUUUACACCGCAGGCAUAAAGCAAGUUUUAACUGCAUCUUCUCCCGAGAUUCCCUGAGAACCGUGAUUUUUGUAACGGUGCUGCGUAUUUUCUGCUCAAAUCACUUUUCAUGUUCUGGAAUAAAAUCUGCCUUUGAGGGCCCCCCCCCCCCCCCCG